AUGACGACCAUGCAGAGGCUCCUGCAGCUCCCGGUGAACGCGGUGAAUCUGGUGAAAACGGCACAGGCUCAGGAGGAGGCCAAGAGCCCUGUGCUGACCCCCGACGGAGGGCAGCAGACCUGGUACAACGCGGUCAGGCCGGACGAGCUGAGGCACCUCCGGUCCGGCGGUGACCAGGAGGAGCGCCCCACGCUGGAGGAGGGCAUUACCAGCGCCCAAACACAGCCUCUGCGACACGAUGACUUGAAGGAGAUGCUGGAUAGUAAUAAGGACUCCCUGAAGUUGGAGGCCAUGAAGAGAAUCGUUGCUAUGAUUGCUCGAGGAAAGAAUGCUUCAGACCUGUUCCCUGCGGUAGUUAAGAAUGUGGCCUGUAAGAACAUUGAGGUGAAGAAGCUGGUGUAUGUGUACCUGGUGCGCUAUGCGGAGGAACAGCAGGACCUGGCCCUGCUCUCUAUCUCCACCUUCCAAAGAGGCCUGAAGGAUCCCAACCAGCUGAUCCGGGCCAGUGCCCUGCGGGUUCUCUCCAGUAUCAGGGUCACCAUCAUCGUGCCCAUCAUGAUGCUGGCCAUCAAAGAGGCGGCAUCCGACAUGUCCCCCUAUGUGCGCAAGACCGCUGCCCACGCCAUCCCCAAGCUCUACAGUUUGGACCCAGAACAGAAGGACCAGUUGAUCGAGGUCAUUGAGAAACUUCUUGCCGACAAAACAACACUGGUGGCCGGCAGUGUGGUGAUGGCGUUUGAGGAGGUGUGUCCAGAGCGCAUAGACCUCAUCCACAAGAACUACCGCAAGCUCUGCAACCUGCUGAUCGAUGUGGAGGAGUGGGGUCAGGUGGUCAUCAUCAACAUGCUCACCCGCUACGCCCGGACGCAGUUCCUCAACCCCAACAUGAAUGAGUCCCUCCUGGAGGAAAGCGGGGAGAAGGCCUUCUACGGCUCGGAUGAAGAAGACGGGAAGGAUGAGAAGGCUGAGGUCGCUGCUCUGGCCAAGAGGAAGCCCUACGUGAUGGACCCGGACCACAGGCUCCUGCUGCGCAACACCAAGCCCCUUCUGCAGAGCCGCAACGCUGCCGUGGUGAUGGCAGUUGCUCAGCUCUAUUUCCACCUGGCUCCCAAAGCUGAGGUAGGGGUCAUCGCCAAGGCCCUGGUGCGCCUCAUGAGGAGCCACAGUGAAGUGCAGUACGUAGUAUUACAGAAUGUGGCCACAAUGACCAUCAAAAGAAGGGGGAUGUUUGAGCCACAUCUGAAGAGUUUCUACAUCCGAUCCACAGACCCAACCCAAAUCAAAGUCCUCAAAUUGGAGGUUUUGACCAAUUUGGCCAAUGAGACCAACAUAUCCACUAUUCUGAGGGAAUUUCAGACCUACAUCAAAAGCAUGGAUAAGGACUUUGUUGCGGCCACCAUCCAGGCGAUCGGUCGCUGUGCCACCAACAUCGGAGAGGUCAGGGACACCUGUCUGAAUGGGCUGGUCUUGCUCCUGUCCAACCGCGAUGAGCUGGUGGUGGCUGAGUCGGUGGUGGUAAUCAAGAAGCUUCUUCAGAUGCAGCCAGAACAGCACAGUGACAUCAUCAAGCACAUGGCCAAACUCACAGACAACAUCCAGGUGCCCAUGGCUAGGGCCAGCAUCUUGUGGUUGAUUGGAGAAUACUGUGAGCACGUACCCAAGAUUGCUCCUGAUGUGCUGAGGAAGAUGGCCAAGUCUUUCACUAAUGAGGAGGACAUUGUCAAGCUGCAGAUCAUCAACCUGGCUGCAAAACUUUACCUGACCAACUCCAAGCAGACUAAACUUCUCACACAGUACGUCCUCAACCUGGCCAAGUAUGACCAGAACUAUGACAUCAGGGACCGGGCACGUUUCAUCCGCCAGCUCAUCGUACCCACGGACAAGAGCGGCGUCCUCAGUAAAUACGCCAAGAAGCUGUUCCUGGCCCUGAAGCCGGCACCUGUCCUCGAGUCUCCGUUCAAAGACAGAGACCACUUCCAGUUGGGCUCUCUCUCCCAUCUGCUCAAUGCUAAGGCUGGGGGCUACCAGGAGCUCCCUGACUGGCCCGAGGCAGCUCCAGACCCCUCCGUGCGCAACGUGGAGGUGAAGGAUACUGUUCCCGAGUGGACAAAGUGCAGCAGCCGGGAGAAGAGGAAGGAGAAGAAGGUGGAGAAGCCCUUCUAUUCUGACUCAGGUGGAGAGUCUGGGCCCACAGAGUCUGCAGACAGCGAGUCGGACAUGGCCAGCGGGUCAGAGAGCGGCAGUGAGAGCGGCAGUGAGGAGAGCGGCUCUGAAUCCGGGAGCGAGGAGAGCGAAGAGGAGUCGGAGUCAGAGAAAGAGGAGAAGAAGAAGAAGAAGAAGGUAGACAAGAGCAAAGUCAAGAAAGCUGCACCGGAGAGCGCAGAGAGCGAGCAGAGCAGUGGGGAGGAGAGGAAGCCUGUGAAGAAGAGCAAAGAGCCCCGGAGUGCAUCAGAGUCUGAGUCUGAGGAGGAGGAGGAGAGCUCGUCUGAAAGCAGCGAGUCUGAGUCCGAGUCCGAGCCGGAGUCAGAGUCUGACACGGACACAAAGCGGAAGAAGAAGAUCAGUUCAUCCAAACCACCUCCGAAGCAACCCAAAAAAGAGAAGAAAGAGAUGUCCCUUCUUGAUCUGGAUGACUUCGACCCCACCCCAUCGCCUCAGGUCACCCCGGUCAAUAACUUCCUCUCCAGCAGCCUGGUGACAGACCUAGAGGGGCUGUCGCUGACGGACUCGGCCCUGUCCCCUGUGACCAUCAGCCCCACGUCCAGCUCGGUGAAGACGUACGAACUGCUGCAUCGCAUCACGGGGGAGGGCCUGGCAGUGCAGUACUGCUUCAGUCGCCAGCCCUUCAGCCCCGACCCGCACAUGGUGGCCGUGCAGAUCCAGUUCACCAACAACACCGAGGCCGAGGCCAAGAACCUGUCCAUCCAGGAGCCCAAGCUGCAGUCCGGCAUGCGCAUCAAGGAGUUCCCAGAGAUCGAAGUGUUGCCCCCGGGGGAGACCAUCUCCGUGGUUAUGGGCAUCGAUUUCUGCGAUUCCACACAGGCAGCCAACUUUCAGCUCUGUACACACACUCGGAAGUUCUUUGUGUCGAUCCAGCCCCCGGUGGGAGAGCUGCUGGUGCCCGUCUUCAUGACUGAGAAUGAGUUCAGGAAGGAGCAAGAGAAGCUAUUACAGUUGAGUGUGGGUCAGCUGAUGGGCAUGAAUGAGAUCACAGAACGGCUGAGCCUGGGUGAGAAGUGCCAGAGUGACCAUGUAAUCGUGCAAAGGGUUACCUCGGCUGCCAACCUCAGCCGGGUGCCCUGCGGCUCGGAGAAGGAGUGCAGCCUUCCUCUUCCUCUUCCUCCUUCCUCUCCUCCGGUGCCCAGGUUUGCAGGGAAGACGGUGACUAGCGGCAGUCUGGUGCUGGUCACCGUGGUGACAAAGGAGGGAUGUGCGGCCCAGCUCACAGUCAACUGUGAGAAGAUGGUGAUUGGCACGAUGUUGGUGAAAGACAUCCUCCAAGCUCUGUCUCAGUGACAGACUGUCUCCAUGACAGCAACUGUCUGCUUCAGCCCUUCAACUCACACCCUUCCUCCCACUCACACUGCUUCAGCCAAGACACACCUAGUUACCCAGCAACCUCUAACAGUAUCCUUCACCAUAGCUAUCCAGCAACCUAUCGCUGCGGCCCUCUCCAAACACCAUUUACAGAAACAUUAUUGCCACCUGGAUUAUGUAGCCAGCUCUGAUUAUGAUUUCAAUAUUCAACUUUCCAAUUAGCAUAUAAUUAGCAUACCUACCAGCUGCACAUUUUGUGCAACAUUAUAUUAAGAAUAGAAAACAAGAGGAUUCUUAUGUAAGGUGCUGCCAUGGCUAAAAAGGAACCCAAAUAUAAAAUACAGCUGCUUACAGAUCUGUAUUUCUGCCUGAAUGCACCUCAUAUGGAGCGCAAGGCCUCCCAUUUAUUCCAAAAAUGCAAGGUCAUUGUCAUUCAUCCUGAUACAUUUUAAAACAAAAUUAGAAUCAUUAUCACUGUUAUUGAUUCUGGAGUUUUACCUUUUCAAAACUGAAUAACAGCAGUGUCCUGCCUGAGAACUGAAACUGCUACUGUUGGUUACAAUGGUGAGGUGUAGUUUACACUGCUCCCCCGUGCUGCCGGCUAUCUUAUACGUUAUCAUAAUAGAGAUGCUAACAUGAUGUGGCACCCCCUGCUGCCCACUGUCUUACACAAUGACCUAAUGGGCACAUUAACCUGAUGUAGGGCUUUUUAUCUUUUUCUUAAUGUGUACCCCCCCCUUCCCUUAAAAAUACAAGAACACAAGGGAGAGUUUCAAGCUGACACCGUCAGUUACAUAGAAUUUGCAUAGUCUGUCGAAGGAUAUAACUAUAGGAACACCACAUUUAAAUGCAGAACAUAAUUAUGACACCUGAUUCAGGGGUAGCUACCACUCUAUCCUUGGUCGAAUGACAUCAUCAUCAAGUUUAAUACAUAUUGUAAUGUAUUGGAGAUUCUUAGCCCUUGCCAUGUACUGUAGUACUGGAUCUCUGUAUGAUUAGCAGGUGAGUGAUAUACAGACCAUAUACAUAUGUAUCGUAAUCUAGAUGUAUGUGUCUUAUACUUGUGACAUUUUUGUAUGACAUACACUUUACAAUGACAGUUGAUUCAUAUUAGUAACUUAAUUAUCAACUCCAGAACAUAAAGUCUUCAAAUCAUUUGAAGUAUAAUCUUAUAUUUUAGAAUUCUGAAUGCCUGAUAAAGUGAGCUGGAGGUAAUCAGAACUGUACACUGGAUACUUGUACUUGUCUCCAGUGGUCUUUCGCCAUGUUUUAGCGAAAAGGGGGGGGGGGAUUGUGGGCAUAUUUAUUUGCAAUUUUCAUUUUUUAAAUAAGUCAUAUAACACAAAAUAUAGAGUGAGAAAUGUAAUAUAAGUAAACCUGUCAAAUUAGUCAAAAUGAGUCAUUUACAUGAGUCAUCUACAGUAUAAUAAUACAAUUUUUACUUUACAGUAUAGUGUCCUGUAUCACACGGUAAGGGCUGAAGGAAAGAAUGUUGGUCUUGACUUAUCAUAAUCUUCAGGUGUUUAUUUCAUCUGCCUAGCAUGUAGCAUGUGGACUUGGUUGUACCUAUUGAUGGAAAGACUGGUACAAUACCACUAAACUGCCUUUUUCAGCAUUGAAAGGUGAUGAUUUUAACUGGAUAAUUAUGGAAGCACGUUCAAACCUAACAGGGUAUUUCAUCAUGGAGUAACUUUUGCUUACAACUUCUUACGAUCUCUCUUAAAUCUUUGUCUGCUGAAUUUUCAAUUCAAUAUAAAUCUCAACUUCUCAGUGUAUCCCUUAUACCUGAAAUUACAUGUUAUAGUGCUUAUCGGUACAGCAACAGUUUUCAGUGUUUUAAGUCUGAUCAAUAAACUAAAUUGUCAUUUGGUGUAUGUCCUAUGAUUCCUCUAAUCUCAUAAACCAUGCAAGAAUAUAGUCCAAAUAAAUUACUAUGAGAUAACUGAUAUUCUAAUAUCGCAACUGAAGCCUGGAAAACAACACUAUCUGUAAUACAAAAGGCCUUCCAAUGCUUAUGCCUGGUGCAUGACUAAGAUUGAAUUAUGGUAUAGAUCUUGUGGGGGCUGCGUGAAUGAUUACAACGUUGAGACUUUUCUCCAUUUCCAAAAUAAAGUGGUUCAGCAGGCUCCUGUUCUUGUCCCAUUUUUAUUUGUACAAACAUUUUUGUAUUGUUUUAGUAAACUUACAAGACGUAAUUUUCCAUUGAGCUAAGUGCUUGUUGUAUCGUUAGCCUGCAUUUUGCAUGUUAAUUUCUAAAGCAAUUAGUAUUGGAUAUCUCCAAUUAUUUUGUAUGUUUUGUGGUUACAGUAGAAUUCUGAAACGGUAUUCCUUCUUCACACCAAAAACAAGAUGAGUGGAUUUUAGUGCAGUGGUUGUAAAGAGAGAUUUAAAGACUGGUUUGCAUGUCUUAUGAAUCUUUACACACUGACGGCAGUACUGUGUGACUGCUGCAGUGGUGCAUAGAUGCAGUUCUCUGUUCCUUUAAAGGGAGGCCUGGCCCAGCUUACUGUUUCUAUUUCUAAUUGUAUUCAUUCUAUUGGAUGUCCACACUUUCAACAAGGAUGCUUGUGCAGUUUAGUAGGCAAUUGAUAAUAACUAUUAAAACAAAAGGUGGAAAUACUGGCAAACAUUUUAUGAUUAAAAAUAAAUUAAGGUAGGACGCAUAUCAUUUAUUUUUCAGCAAUUCAUAUUAAAAUGAUUACUUUUACUUUUUUCUGAGACAAUGUUCUAUGUGGCAGGAAAAAAACAACUAUGUAUUAGAAAUGCAUCAAAGCAUGUUUUCCCAAAUGUCACUGCUAAUGGUAAAAGCAAACACUGGCCUUCUUUUACUGUUUAUUUCCAUAUUUAACAUUAAUUUAUUCUGUUUGUGUAUAGCAUCAGUAGUGUGUUUCAGUCUUCCCCUUCUGUGUGGUUGUUGAAAUGGUGUGAGUAUUACAGCUAUUUAUUUUACAAAUGAAAAUGUCAAUAAAAGCUGAUGAUUCAAAGUA